AUGGCGUCCUCCCAGCCAACAGCACCUCAUUCUCCUGAACGUGCACGGAAGUUCGCCCUUGUUGCAUCACUAUUUACAAGAGAACACGAUGAAUCACGGGAUACCAGCGAUUUAAAGAAGACUGGAAUCAUCCUUCGCUACAUGGCGCUCAAUCUCACAUCAGAUGAGGAUCCGAGAAAAGCAGACCGAUACGACACUCUGGCGCUUGAAUAUAGCAAAAAAUACAAUGAAACGAACAACCUCGCUGACCUUGAGACGGGCAUAUGGCAUCGCCGAAAAGCCCUUGAGUCAACUCUACCUGGGGAUCCCCAGUAUGAGAUCUACCUUGAGAGUCUCGUGGUGGAAUUAAGAACGAAAUACGGCGCAACAGACAGCUUAUCGGAUCUUGAUAUGGUAAUUAAAUUUCGGAAGCAUUCAAUUGAUAUUACUCCAGGCGUCGGUUUGCUUAGGCAAUUUGACCUAAAGCUACUUGGUAGGGAGUAUGGAUAUCGAUAUGAAAUAACAAAAUCCCUCUCGGAUUUUGAGGAAGCGGUUCGCAAUUACAAAUCUGCUCUUGACUUGAAUCCGGAUGAGAUAUUUAUGGCAGAUAUUUUUGACCAUCUUUCAUAUGUAUUUCGAAAACGAUAUGAAGAAACGAAUGAAGUAGAUUGCCUCGAUGUAUCGAUGACAUACGGCAAAAUUACGGUCGAUUUAACUCCAGAGGACAACAGCAACAAGGUUCGACGGCUUCGUAUUUUGGGGACGAGUUACAAUUCGAAGUUCUUACUAUCGCACUCCCUAUUUGAUCUCGAGCAGGCGGUUCAUUGUUAUCGACAGGCUCUUGCCCUGGUCCCAGAAACUUCUCACGAACGCUUCGAGCUUUUCGAAUACCUGGCGAAUUUUUUCUGGCAAAAGAGCUUGAGUACACUUUCCGCAGACGACUUGAUGGCAUCUAUACAAUAUCAUGAAUGUGCUUUUGAGCUGGAAACAUAUGACCGUGAAGAUCGUCAAAUUCUUUGCCGUGUCAUUGGAUCAGAGUUUAUUGUUAUGUAUCAAAGGACAGAGCAUCUUCCGUAUCUUGAUACAGGCAUCCAAAAGCUUCAUAACUUUGUCAACGAGGUUUUAGUUGACAAUCCAACGGAGAUGUUAGAGUGCCUGGAUAGACUCGCCCUCGCAUAUGAAUUGAGACACGGGCGAAGUGGAGAGAAAGCUGAUCUCGACAUGCUUAUCCAGCUAUGUAGGAGAACCCUCGAUGCAAUCCCAUAUGGUGACCCAUCUCGCCCCAAUCGCCUUGCAGAGCUUGCUUCUCGAUACGAAUACUGUUCUUUUAAAACUGGUGCUCUGGCCACUCUCGAUUUCGCAACUCAGCUACUCCAUGAAGCCAUUAGCAUUUCUCCUAUGGAGGAUGCCAAAAAGUGCAGUCUUUACGAGGCAAUUGCUGCAAAUUAUAAGUAUCGAUAUAAUAGAACGAACGAACUUGGUGACCUCAAUAGAGCCAUUCAGUAUGGUACAGAUAGUCUUUCUUUGGCACAAGAGGGCCACGAAGACCGCCCAAAGCUUCUCAUCUCCCUUGCAGAUCUUUAUUUACUUCAGCAUAAGAGAAGUGAAAGAAUGAUUGAUUUAGAAACAGCAGUGCAGUUGAAUCACCAAGCACUGGAUUCAGCCCCAAUUGAAGACCCUUGGAGAGACAUCGGACUUCAAAAACUUGGGCAUAUAUACAGAGAGAAGUAUGUGGUCAGCAAAAAUGAGGCAGACUUCGAUGCCACCAUUCAAUACCUUCAAUCUUCACUCGCAAAUCAGUCCCAUGAUCAGCGGAGCGUGGCAAAUGCACUUUCUGCACUUUUCCAAUGUUACUUUAACCCCGGAUACGCGUUAUGGCUACGAUAUUAUCGCCAUGCCGGUGAGGAAGUGGACCGCGAGGCAGCAAUGAGUAACUUCCGAAUGGUUUUGGACAGCGAUGGAACAUCCGUAAGCGACAAGCAACUUGCUGGGGAAAUUCUACUCUUCGCUCAUGCAGAGAAGGGAGAACGGACACGCGCAUAUCAAACUGCUCACAAGACGGUCCAUCUUCUUCCUUCUCUGGCGCACCAUGGUCUUGACAACCAUGACAAGCAGUAUUUUCUAGCCCAAGCGAGCUCCUUGGCUUCGGAUGCUGCUGCUCUAGCAGUUACAACAGGGGAAAAUGCAUAUGAGGCGAUUGAACUCCUUGAAAUCGGACGUGGCGUUAUUAUGAACGCCCUCAAUGAAAGAAGACUAGAUCUCUCAGCUCUUCGUGAAUAUUGCUCUUCACUUGCUCAAGAGUUGGUGACUCUUCGAGACCAGCUCUAUAUACUAUAUCAGUCACCACUGGAUAAUAUAGAUCAACGCCAUGAAACAAGCGACAGAUUUGAGCAAUCUAUCAGGAAUAUCAGAAAACUGAAGGUAUUCAAUCACUUUUUGAGGCCCCACUCAAAAAAGGAUAUGCACGCUUUUGCAAAGCGCGGGCCAGUUGUGAUUGUUAAUGCGAGCAUAUAUCAAUGUAAUGCAUUCAUCAUUGACAAAGAGAAUAUGUAUACCUUGCCGUUACCUCAACUGACACUUCUCGAUAUUAAUGAACGAAUAACGAAACUUCAACAUAUCGACAGCGAUCUGCUUGAGUGGCUUUGGGACACAAUCGCAGUACAUGUUCUGAGCAAACUGGGGUUUUGUCAGAAACCUCAGGAUGAUAAUAUCCCUCGCAUAUGGUGGGUUCUCACGGGACCUCUCAGCAAGUUCCCCAUCCAUGCAGCAGGAUAUCACAAACAGAACUCGGCACAGACUGUCUUGGACCGAGUGAUAUCAUCUUACGGUUCCUCUGUUGCGAUGCUCAUAUACGGCCAACAGAGCUGCAAUCAAGUAGACAAGCCUAAGGAGACCGGCAAGGCUGUCAUUGUGGGCACGAAGGAUCUUUUCCAUGUAGCCGAGGAGAUAGAAAACGUCAAUGAUAUCUGUGGCUCCAUGAAGCUGGACAUUAUGACCCCCCUGCCCCGCCGAAAAGAUAUUCAAUCAGCAAUGGACAGAUGUACCGUUUUCCACUUUGCUGGUCACGGGCGUAUGAAUAGCUUGGAUCCAUUGAAAAGUCAUUUGGUCUUGGAAGGCGAUUCACUUACGCUCGACGACGUACUCAAAUCAAACUUGUCCGACCACCCUCCGUUUCUGGCAUACCUUUCUGCUUGCGGAACUGGCCAGAUUGGGAAAAAUGACUUAGUUGACGAAGGUCUCCAUCUCAUUAGCGCAUUUCAGGCUGGUGGAUUUCAGAAUGUUAUUGGCACUCUCUGGGUGGUAGAUGAUAGAAUCUGCCUGGAUGUGGCGACCGAGACAUACAAAUGGAUUGCAAAUAACCAAAUGCGCAGUGAAUCAGUCAGCGAAGGGCUCCACUGGACAAUCCGGAAUCUACGAGAUCAUUGGAUCUUGGUCAAUACUGAGGAUAGGGGAGACAAACUUAGGGGUAAUGGAGGGGCUCAGAAGGUGUCACUCAAGUCAAGAGACAUGAUACCUGAUGAGGAAGACUCUCCGCUGCUGUGGGUUCCAUUUGUUCAUUAUGGUGUCUAG